GAAUACGUAGCGCGACUCGCAUGCCAAUGUACAAGUCACUCGCCGGUGCGGCGCCGCGUCGCACCCGCGCCGCCCGCACCGGUCUGCAGUGACGCAAAUGACGCAGAGACGCCAUGCGCCAGUGUGUGUGGACUGUGGUAGUGUGGAGUGAUGUGACGGCGAGUGUCGACCGACGCCAGUUCAGCUGAGAGGCCCGAGAGCGGCGCGCGCGCACUGCUCGCCUCCGCGCUUUGUUUACUUAUCACUCUUCAAUAUAUAAAUAUGGUUAGGUGAAAAAAGUGAUGGGGUGGCUGAAGGGCUCCGUAGGGAGAGCUCGUCAUACGGACGCCGAGGAAGACGACGUUAAUUCGGACAAGCAAGCUCCCCAUUUGGAAGUUCUGGAGACAGCAGACGAGAAACGCGCGCGGUGGCGCAGCGUGUACAUCAUCUACUUCACCAUGUUCCAGAUGUCAUUGGGGUUUAGCAUCGUGCUGACCGGAGUGUGGCCAUACCUCGACAAGUUGGAGCCAGGUUCACAGAAAGAGAUUCUUGGCGUGGCGGUGGGUGCCAACCCGCUGGGGCAGCUGUUGUUCUCUCCGCUGCUGGGGCUGUGGGCGAACCGGUCGGGCUCCGCGCGCGCCCCGCUGCUCGCCACCCUGGCGCUGUUCGUGCUGGCCAGCGCGCUGUACUCGCAGCUUCAUCUGACCAGGCCCCACGCCAAGUACUGGAUGGUGCUUGCCAGAUUUUUAGUAGGAGUCAGCUCGGCCAACAUAGCUGUGGCCCGCUCGUAUCUUUCAGCCGCCACGCUGGUCAGCGAACGAACCCGAGCCGUGGCCAUAGUGUCUCUGGCGCAAGUGCUGGGCUUCGUGGUGGGGCCGGCGCUGCAGGCUGCCGCUGCGCCCCUCGGCGCUGGCGCUCCCUAUCCACCACCUGGAGACUUCUCCGUGCCCUUUAGGCUAGAUAUGUACACUGCUGCGGGCUGGAUCAAUGCUCUGUUGGGGACCAUCAAUUUUAUAUUGUUCUUGCCGUGGUGCUUUAAGGAGAAGAAGAUUGCUGCCCGAGAAGCUAUGAUUGCCCAGGGGAAAGAUUCAGAGAAAGAGGCUUUAGAAUCCUUAAAGCCUGACCCAAUCAGUAGCUGGACGCUGGUGGGCGCGUUCUUCGUGCUUGUGUUCAACUUCGUGCUGCUGGAGACGCUGGCGACGUCUCUGACCAUGGACCAGUUCGCGUGGAGCAAGUCUCAGGCGCUGGAGUACAUGGGCGCGCUGAUGAGCGCCGGGGCGGUGGUUGCCUGCCUCACGUUCGCGAUGAUCGGACCUCUGACCAAGUUCUUCGAAGAACGGGCGCUGCUCCUGUGGGGUGGGUUUCUGCUGACGGGUAUGGCGUCAGUGUUCUGCAUCCCGUGGGGGCCGGGCCCGCCCCCCCUGGCGCCGCGCAACGCCACGGAGGCGGGCGGCGGCUGUCCGCAGCUCACGCAGCCCUGGUGCGCCAGCUCGCGCGGCCUCACCCUCACACAGUUCUUGAUCGGCUAUGCGUGCGUCUCGGUGGGAUAUUCUCUCGGAGUCACGCUCAUACAAACAAUCUUCUCGAAAGUAUUGGGCCCGAGACCGCAGGGCGUCUGGAUGGGCGUGCUGACCGGCGCGGGCUGCCUGUCCCGCGCGCUGGGCCCCGUGUUCGUGUCGGCGGUGUACGCGCGGCGCGGCCCCGACGCCACCUUCGGCAGCACGGCCGCGCUCACCCUGGCCGCGCUGUUCGCCCUGCGCCUCGUGUACGCACGCCUGCGACCGCCCGCCCUCACCCCCGACCCCACCCCCGCCGCACACGAGAUGCAGCCCCUCCACAAAGACGACACGUGACGGACAUAGGGGGUGGAUAGCACCGCGUGCUCGUGUGAGGGUUAUUUCUAUCGAAAUUAUGCCGCUUGUGCCGAUCAAAUGUUUCAAAUUUAAGUUUUAGUCUAGCUUCAAUAUUAGUCCUACUUUAAAUGAGUUUAUAUUGACAUUCAACGAAAUGUGCUCGAUAAUCGGUCGUUCUAGUAGACAACUACUCAGAUGGUGAGAUAUUCUCGUGUAAAAUGUAACUUAUGUUUAAGAAACACCAAUUUUUCCUUUAUUUGUGUAAAUAUUCUACUACUACUAGACCAUACCUCACCUGCUUGUCUGUCUGUCUGUUGACAACUUCAAGUGCCAAAGGUAGGUAGGUGCACAAAUAACACCAUUUUCCUUAUUCACAAAGAUAAGUAUCUACUACCAGGCUUUUUUUUGCCCUGUAUGCAGAAGAGCAUACGGUCCACCUGAUGGUGAGUGGUUACCGUCGCCCGUAGACUUCAGCAAUGCCAGGGGUAAAGCCAAGCCGCUGCCUACCGUUAAGUACUCUCCACAAGCUUCAUUUGAAAAAGUACAUGUCAUAGCGCUCGGUAUAAUGGCCGCUUAAAGUCGGGUGGGCUGUGAACUCGUGUCUCUAUAUACUUGAAAGGGUCGCUCACAUUGGAUAUAUUGCGCAUACUAUGAUUCUGUCCAAAAGUAUUUAUUCUAAGCAAGCUGAAGCGAGUAGGAAACCAUUGCCGAUAUGGCGACGCCUGCGCCGGCGCGCGGCUGUCGCGCAGGGACAGAUCGUGAAGUUGCUCUCAACAUUAAGCGAUAUUUUGAGCAAGACUAUCACUUGGUUCUCCUUAUUAUGUUAGAUUUAAUCUAGACUAACAAAUGAUUGUUGUCUGUCGAAGUUCGUGUAUGACAUUGUUAUCGUUAUCGUCACUGCGGUUGUGUGCGUUCUCGCUGCUCAAUAUCAACUGAAGAGUGUAUUAAGGUUAUCUAGUUUUAUUUUUUAAGUUUUGAAUAAAUAAUUUGUCAAAAAUA